GACGGAGUUGGUGCUUGACAACUGCCGCUCCAGCAAUGGGGAAAUCGAGGGGCUGAACGAUUCCUUCAAAGAGCUGGAGUUCCUGAGCAUGGCCAACGUGGAGCUGACGUCGCUGGCCAAGCUCCCCACGCUCAGCAAGCUCCGCAAGUUGGAGUUGAGCGACAACAUCAUUUCAGGAGGCCUGGAGGUCCUUGCAGAGAGAUGUCCAAAUCUCACAUAUCUAAAUCUAAGUGGCAACAAAAUCAAAGAUCUUGGCACUGUGGAAGCUCUUCAAAAUCUCAAAAACUUGAAGAGCCUUGACCUGUUCAGCUGUGAGAUUACAAACCUUGAGGAUUAUAGAGACAGCAUUUUCGAGCUGCUCCAGCAAAUCACGUACCUGGAUGGGUUUGAUCAGGAAGAUAACGAGGCGCCGGACUCAGAAGAUGACGAUGAUGAGGAAGGAGAUGAAGAUGAUGAUGAUGAAGAUGAGGGUGAAGCUGGUCCUCCAGGAGAAUAUGAAGAAGAAGACGAUGAAGACGAAGGAGGUUCAGACCUGGGGGAAGGCGAAGAGGAGGAGGAAGUUGGUCUUUCGUACCUGAUGAAAGAAGAGAUUCAGGAUGAAGAUGAUGACGAUGACUACGUGGAAGAAGGAGGUGAUGAGGAAGAAGAAGGUAAGUUCUCAACAGAGGGAGUUCGUGGGGAGAAGAGGAAACGAGAGCCCGAAGAUGAGGGCGAGGAAGAGGAGGAUUAA